CACAUGUCAAAAUUAUCGAGCCGGCAAUUUGUUUUGUGUUGCUGAGCAACUAAAUAUCAAAUAUUCGUUCAAUUUGUUGAUUUCUUCUAAACAAGUCGAAUCAUUUGUCGACGAGAAGCCUAAGUAAUUAUAUAUAUCACUGAAAGUGAGUUGAAGAAACUGCAAAUCAUGGGCGAAGCUGAGAAAAUCGAAGUACGCGACAUAACACGCAUCGAGCGCAUUGGCGCCCAUUCGCACAUUCGCGGCCUUGGUUUGGACGAUGUACUGGAGGCUCGUGCCGUGUCGCAGGGUAUGGUGGGCCAGAAGGAUGCUCGCCGUGCCGCUGGCGUUGUAGUACAAAUGGUUCGAGAAGGAAAAAUCGCCGGACGUUGCAUUUUGCUUGCCGGUGAGCCAAGCACUGGUAAAACAGCCAUUGCUGUGGGCAUGGCCCAGGCGCUGGGCACUGAGACACCGUUUACCAGUAUGUCUGGCUCAGAGAUCUACUCUUUGGAGAUGAGCAAAACUGAAGCUCUAUCACAGGCACUGCGCAAGAGCAUUGGAGUGCGCAUCAAAGAGGAGACGGAGAUCAUAGAGGGCGAAGUGGUCGAAAUACAAAUUGAACGUCCAGCCACCGGCACUGGGCAAAAGGUGGGCAAAGUGACGCUAAAAACCACUGAAAUGGAAACGAACUACGAUUUGGGCAACAAGAUCAUCGAAUGCUUUAUGAAAGAGAAGAUUCAGGCCGGCGAUGUCAUCACUAUAGACAAAGCCUCUGGCAAGGUGAACAAGCUGGGACGAAGCUUCACACGUGCACGUGAUUACGAUGCUACUGGUGCACAGACACGCUUUGUCCAGUGCCCCGAAGGGGAGCUCCAGAAGCGUAAGGAAGUGGUGCACACUGUUACGCUCCACGAGAUCGAUGUCAUCAACAGUCGCACCCAUGGCUUUUUAGCCUUGUUCUCGGGUGAUACUGGAGAGAUCAAGCAGGAGGUGCGCGAUCAGAUUAACAACAAGGUGCUGGAAUGGCGCGAGGAGGGCAAAGCCGAAAUCAAUCCAGGUGUCCUCUUCAUUGACGAGGUGCAUAUGCUGGACAUCGAGUGUUUCUCGUAUCUCAAUCGUGCCUUGGAAUCCGAUAUGGCACCGGUCGUGGUUAUGGCUACCAAUCGCGGUAUAACGCGCAUUCGCGGCACCAAUUAUCGCAGUCCACAUGGCAUACCCAUUGAUCUGCUGGAUCGCAUGAUUAUCAUACGCACCGUUCCAUAUACCGAAAAGGAGGUCAAGGAGAUACUGAAGAUACGCUGCGAGGAGGAGGACUGCAUCAUGCAUCCCGAUGCCCUGACUAUUCUAACUCGCAUCGCCACCGACACCAGCCUCCGCUACGCUAUACAAUUGAUAACCACGGCCAAUUUGGUUUGUCGCCGCCGCAAAGCUACCGAAGUGAACACAGAGGACGUUAAAAAGGUAUAUUCCCUGUUCCUGGAUGAGAACCGCUCCAGCAAAAUAUUAAAGGAGUAUCAGGAUGAUUACAUGUUCAGCGAGAUCAAUGAGCUUGAAGAGGAGACUACAGCCACUGGCGCUGGCGGAGGAGCCAAGCGUCGUGUGGACACCGGUGAUGGCGAUGCACAGCCCAUGGAACAUUAGUCUGCAAUUGCCCGGAACAAUUCUCAUACAUUCUCAUCAUAAUUACCUUCCGACUUCCCAAUAAAUAUGUUUAC